GCAUCUCUUUCUGUUCUUUCUUUCUUACGCAUUAAUUUUCUUUUCGAGAGCACACGAUCGAAGCCGGUCUUCAUCAAAAUGCAGUUCAACAUUUGCUCCAUUCUCCUCGCCUUGAGCGCUGUGGCUAUUGCAGCUCCAACACCGGUGGCAUACAACGAGCUCGAAGCUCGCGGGCUCGGUGCAGCGAUUGGCAAAACGCUCAUCAAAUGGGGCGAUAAGUUACAAGGCAAAGGCGACAAAAUCUCCGCGAGUGGCCAGGCUGCAGGCGAAAAGAUCACUGCAAAUGGGCAGCGUUGGGGAGAAAACAUUCAGAACGCUGGUCAGAGAAUGCAGGGAGGGAAAAAGUGGCCUGGAUGGAAGAAAGUGCUUGGCGGCGAGGAGGAGUAGGAGAUUGCACGGUGUUGGCUUCGUCCGCUCGGCAGAGCGUGAAAGGUGAAAUUGUAGCGACGUGAGCUGGUUCUUCGUCGUCUACCGCGCCUUUUAGCUUGAGGUUUAUCAACUUGGGGGUUGUAUGAUGAAAAGUCCGAAAAGUUGUCAGUGUUCGUCCG